AUGUCGCAAGUGAGCGUUGGGGAAGCGCUGGAUCGGCGCAGCAGCCUGUUCUCGAUCAGCCGACCAGAGAUUGCCGCCACCAGCCAAGUUGACGCCAGCGAUGUCCCCGACCAAGACGAGGGCCCAAAGAGGCCUGUCACUCCGCUCGAGAACACAUACCAGCUGGACCCGGACAAAAAGUUCAGCGAAAGCGCAGUGACAGCAAUUAUCAGAGAGGUGCUGGAGGGUCAACUCGAGGAGGAGAAGUACGAUGCGAGAGCAACACGACAGAUGUCGAAAACGCUGUCAACCAUCAUCACAAACCGCGUCAAAGCCCUCGAGUACACAAGAUACAAAAUCGUCACAGUAGUUGCGUUGGGGGAGGCAGCAGAUCAAGGCGUCACAGUGGCAUCCCGGUGCUUGUUUGACAAGGACAAGGAUAACUUCGCCUCUGCGUCGUACCGCAACUCCAACUUGUAUGCUGUCGCCACUGUCUAUGCCUGCUACUACGAAUGA